UAGUUAAGCUUUAGCAAUACCUGUAAAAUAUGGUCAUGCGUCAUGCUAUAAAGCGAUUAUCAACAAUAUGCGCCAUAAAAUACUGGCCAAAAAGAACACGAGAAAAAAUGCGGCCCACAUGUAGCUAAAAAUACAGUACGUUACAAUCAAAUAUGGCGAACAACACAGAAGAAGACCUAUUAGAUUCUGUGAUUUUAGAAAAGAUUUCUGCGUGUAUUAAAAACGGUGAGAAUAGUUUAGACUUAGCGUCUUUGGAAAACGAUUAUACUGAAAUACCUGAUCAAAUAUUUACGCAAUUUGCUGAGCAAAAUCUCGCGAAACUUACCGAAUUGAAUCUAGAUUUUAAUGAUUUUGAACGCCUUCCUGACAGCAUUUCUCGAUUAAAAGGCCUUAGAAAGCUUUCGGUCGAAGGAAAUAGUCUAAUCGAGCUUCCUUUGAGUUUUGGAGACUUGGAGAAUUUGCAAGAAGUACGGUUGAACGAAAAUAAACUAUGCGAAGUGCCUCCUAUAUCAUUUGCCUAUCUGAAAAAUCUGCGAGUUCUGUCACUUGUAGCAAAUCAACUUUCGGCGUUACCUUCUGAAAUUUUAGAAGCUUGGACUCGCUUGGAAGAACUUUAUUUGGACGAAAAUGAAAUUGCCGAGUUACCCGAAAACUUCGGAUCGUUAAAAUCGCUUAAAAUCUUAGAACUAAGUGAAAACAAGUUGAUGGCACUUCCAGAGGGAUUUGGGGAACUGCAUGAAUUAGAGGUGCUUAAUUUGAGCCGGAAUAAUUUAUCGGCAUUACCAAGCUCAUUUGGCAACUUGGGUAAACUACGGAAUGCUGAUCUUAGUGAUAACAACAUAUCGUUUCUGCCUGAUGAAUUCCAUUCUGCAACCAUCAUAGAGAAUUUAUACUUGGACAAUAAUAUUCUUGGAAUGUUGCCAGAAUGGUUUGGCCAUCUGUCGAGUAUCAUUUGUUUGUCUUUGAACGACAAUAAGUUGCAAGGAUCUCCAUUUCCCGAUGUUUUUCCCAGAGUGUCAGGGGGCACUCUUAAAAAGUUUGAAAUUGGAGGAAAUGCAAUUUCCAAUCUCCCCGAGUCGAUUGGGGAGCUCUGUCAGUUAGAAGAGUUGCAUUUGGGAAGUACAAUAUGCGAGCUAGAACGACGGAAUUUCCAAAACGGAAACUGGAUUAGAGUACUACCUGAAAGCUUCAGUCAGCUUUGUGCUAUCAAGAAAUUAUACCUGGAUGAAAACCAGCUUGUAAAGUUGCCCGAUUCCUUUGGUAAUCUUUGCAACUUAACUUGGAUCGACCUUGGUCAAAACCUGUUACCGUAUCUGCCUGACAGCUUUUGCAAUCUUGUUUUGCUGGAAUAUUGCCAGCUUUCAAAAAACGAGCUGAGCUCCCUUCCCAGCGAAUUUGGCAAACUCGAAAAGUUGAAGGAUCUUCGGCUAGACUCGAACAUGUUGGAGGAACUGCCAGAAUCGUGCGCUGACCUUCAAGCACUUCACACGCUGGAUUUGUUUAACAAUAAACUGACCAAAGUCCCUGAUUGGUUAUCCAAGCUAUCGUCAUUAAAAAGGCUUGAUUUGGAUAGCAAUAAGUUGAGCUUAAGGUUGAAAGAUAUACCACAUUUAGCGUCAAAAGGGUCGGAAUAUGCGAAACGAGAUCCCAAUCUGAAAGACAACUGGCGCGGCAAGAUGAGAGCUGAUAAAGUCAAAGCCGAAGUUGUGGUGAUUAAUUCCGAGGAUGGGACAAACGGGGAUGAUUAUGAUGAAGAUGACGCCACUCCGACGACAUACAAUGAGGGUGUUUUGUUCGCAGCAAUGAGAAGAGGUUUGUCCAUCUGGCGGACUCAUAAUGGUAAGGAUAAUUUGUUGAUAACAUCCUAAUGGGUCGAACAUUUGAAGACAAUGAACAUUUGAAGAUAUUUUAUAUUUUUAGCGAGUGAUUUAAAUUUAUUUGAAUACCAUCCCACACUACACCAAUACACCAUACUUUACUAUACCAUACCAAUGAUCAUACCAUGUUGUGUUGUACCAUGCCACACCAAUCCAACCAAAUUAUAGCAUGUCAUACCACUUCAUGCCAUAUCAUGCAACAUGCCAUAUACCAUGCAGUGCUUACCUAACUCUAUGGUAUAUUGUGUAUUUGUGUGUGUUUUAAUUUUAGGUCCAGAAGAAAGACAGAGGGAGCAAAGCCACCAAACUCUUGAAGAUGUUGUUUUUAAUGUGUUUGAAGAUGUGAUAGAUAGCUCUACAAAUCACCUCUCUGGCUUCUAUUUGAAGUUAAAUAAGAAACUUGGUUCAGGUACCUAUAACGUCAUUCUAUGAAGCAUGUUUGAAUGAUUCAAUAAGCUUCGGACGCUAAGAUGAUUUUGCUUGUCAAGGGGAGAAUGCUGGUGAUUAAUGGGUUAGUGUGCAAGUCUGAGUGGUUAUAUUACUAUCGUAAAAAAUAAGCAGAAACUCAACGUUUCGAGCGAAGGCCCUUCAUCAAGAGUUAGUAGUCUCCUCCCUUAACUAAUAAAAUUGUCUGACAAUAGACAGAGUAAACUAAAUUAAGUAAAGAUUUUCCCAUGAUCUUUUCAACUUCAAAACUUUUUUCUGACAGAAAAUUUGUGUCGACCGAUCACAUUUUACAAAAUUUUCUUUCUGCAGAAAAUUUUCCUGAGUGGACAUGGGCCUUCACAAUUAUCUUAUUCUUAUUUAGAUUUUCAAGAUGGUGAAGAUUGGGACAGAGAAAUCAGUGAGUUGUGGGGGAAAACCCCAGUGGAUAACCACACACCCCGUUUGUGUGUUGGUGUGGAUGUUUCCGGGGUCGAGCUUGAAAAGCGUGAUGAAUACCUUGCCAUGUUAAGUGCCUACCCUCCUGCCAGCCAGGCUUACACAGCAACUGCAACAUAUGAUUCUAUGGCUUGUAGGAAGUUAUUUGAUAAUGAUAAUUCAUGUAAUGCUUAUUCAGUCUCAUAUGCAAUUACAGUUCAAGGACAAUUUGAAGAUGCAGAAUAGUUUUUGGGAGAUGAAUCUGAUAGGCUGAAUGUAAUCCCAUUGACAAACCAAAAAAGACAAUUUUGUUCUUAAUGGUUUUUGUUGAGAGUACCGUAAAUGAUCGAUUAAGCACUCAUUUACAUGCGGGCAUUCAGGAGAGGUGCUUUUUCAAGAGCGGCCCUUGAUCGAUCAUUUAUGGUAUAUGUAUUGUGAUGAAUCGUUGCUGUUGCAGUUAAAAAUUUAAAUAAAUAAUUAUUUUCAUGAAUAAAGCAAGAACGUCGGUUGGGGAAACCACUUUACUUUAGUGGUUAGGGGCAGUGAACUC